AAGAUUGCAUCAGUCGUUUGUACAACUCUGACAAAAAAUCGUGUGAAAUAGACGAUUUUUAAUAUUAUUUUCAUAAAAAAAUGAAGAGUGCUUGUGCUAUUUUUGUGAUUGGCUGUGCAGCCGUUGCAUUUGGAUAUCCAGCUGGACAACCUCCAGCUGGUCAACCAGCUCCACUGGCGGAUUUGAUAGAGCAGGCUAAAGCUGGCAUCACUAAUCUAGGACAGGAGCUUUCUAAGCGAUUGGAGAAAGACGGACAAACUACCCUUGACUCCCUCAAGACCCAGAGCUCGACGUUCGCUAAUAAUCUCCAGGAGUUGCUCAACAAGGUCUCCGAGGAUGUCAAGGCGAAGAGCCCGGAGAUUCAGAAGGCCUGGGAUGGGGUGAAGAACAAAUUCACUGGUGUUAUCAAUGACAUCAAUGCACAAAUUCCUCAGGCACAGGAGCAGGCCAGCCAACUUGGAGCUAAACUCACCAAUGGCCUCAAUGUUCUUGUCGAGGAGUCCAACAAAGCCGCUCAGGAGAUCAGCAAAAACUCGGAGAAGGUCCAGGAAGAUCUCGCCAAAUUCACAAAACAAGCUGUCGAAAUUGCUGUCAAAACGACCAACAAUUUGGAUGCACAAUUGCGACAAUUGGCGGUCCCUGAGGCACCCAAGGCAUAAUUUUAUCCAAUUCAAGUAGAAAUUCAGGAUUCAAACAGCUUUCUGUUCUCUCAAACAAUUUUUGAAUAGACUCACUGUAAAAGGAAUCAAAGAAAUUAAAUAAUUUAAAUAAA